ACAUAUGCUUUAGAAAAAGAUACGUAUCCCCGCAGUGCGACUGACAAGUGACAACGUAUUCAUCCAUAUCUCCUCUCCAGUAGAAUCCAGGAUAGGUUCCAUGGGCGCCUUGCAUUGGUCCAUAAUCGCCAAAAGAACCUCCAAGAGAUCUCCCGUCCUCCGUCGCCGCCGAGCCUCCACCAGUACUCCCAUUUCUUAUGACGAAUGGGAAAUGACAAACUUUCCAUCAAACUUUCAAACACAACCCCGAGAAGAGGACCAAAACCCAGAAUGGAAAGGAGAAAAUCAAAACAAGAGAGAUGGUAAAGAAGGUAGGGCCAAGUAUGAAUGGGAUUUCACUCUCUCCGCCGUUGUUUCUCCAACCGCCGCCGCCGGAGCCGCCGUCCCCGACUCCCUCAGCGCCGUUGAGUUUGACCCCUCCGACACCCUCCUGGCCACCGGCGGAAUCUCCAGAAAGAUCCGACUUUACAGCGUAAAACGUUUGCUGGUGCAUGAAGAAGAAGGAAAAGAUAACCUAGGCGAGCAGGAUUCGAAAAAUAUUCCUACGUUGGAUAAUACACGUGCAUGCGAGUACUAUAUUUGCACCCCAGCCAAACUCAGCAGCUUACGGUGGCGGCCCAAUUCCGGCGGCCAGUUUUUGGGCUCCGGCGACUACGACGGUGUGGUAAUGGAGUACGAUCUGGAGCGGAGAAUGGCCGUUUUCGAGCGCGACGAGCACGGAGGGCGCCGGGUCUGGAGCGUGGACUACUCGCACUGGGACCCGGUUACCGGGGCAUCCGGGUCGGACGACGGAACCAUGCAACUGUGGGACCCGCGCUGCGACGGAGGCGGGAGCGUGGCGGCGGUGCAACCCGGCGGGUCCCGGAGCCCCGUUUGUAGUGUCGAGUUCAACCCGUUUGGUGGGGCGUUGGUGGUCGCCGGGUCGGCGGACCGGAAGGCAUACGGGUACGAUAUCCGGAAGAUGGUGGAUCCGGUUUUCGUGCUCGACGGGCAUUGCAAGCCCGUAACUUACGCUCGAUUUCUGGGUGCCAGCACGAUGGUGAGUUCGGGAACGGACGGGUGCUUGAAGCUGUGGAAUGUGGACGAUUUGAGGAUGAUUCGGACCUUCAGAGGGCACGUGAACACCCGGAAUUUUGUCGGGUUAUCGGCUUGGAGGAAUGGAGGACUAAUCGGGUGCGGGUCCGAAACCAACCAGGUGUAUGUGUACGACAGGAGGUGGGGGGAGCCGGUAUGGGUGCACGGGUUCGGAGUUUCGGGUGAAUCCAGGUCGGGGCGCGGGUUUGUGAGCAGCGUGGGGUGGAGGCAAGUGGGCGAGGAAGAGUGCACGCUUGUGGCCGGAGGAUCCGACGGCGUUUUGCGAGUUUUUGUAGGCAAAAAAAGGCCAAGCUCUGCCACAGGGUGACUUCUCUUAUCCAACUGCGAAAUGAUUUGGAAAUUUCUAUCCGAAUAGAAAAUUUUUAUGUUCUGAAAGGCCAACGGAUCUUUAAUUUUUCCCUCUUUAUUUUUUUAAGGAAAAAAUAAAAUAAAAUUCUAACAGGUGUUGAAUGA